CCUGAAUUGUCAGACGGCGGGCGUCUGCCUCUGAAGUUAGCAGUGAUUUCCUUUAGACCCGGUCUUAUCUCCGGGCGCACGUUGCCUGUUGGUGACUAAUAACACAAUAACAUUGUCUAGGGCUGGGAUAAAGUCGGAGCUGUUUACCCCCACUCGAUGGGGGUUCAAUAUAAAAAGCCAGCGGAGAGCUGUCCAGGUCAGAGCGCUUCUGUCUGCGCCUGGCGAGCGGUCUGGCCGGCGCUGUUCCUCGCCGCCCUGCGCUGCAGCUCGCUGCCUCUGCCUCCACACCGGCCAGGGGAGUCGCUUUUGCUCCCGGAAAAGCGCACUGGGCUGCAGGAUCACUUUGAGCUCUGAAUACUCAGAAGCGCGUCGAAGGAACUGAAGCUGUUUUUCUUCGUUUUCCUUUGAAUUCAGUUUGCAGGGGAAUUUAGAAAAAAACCUUUUUUUCCAGAAUGGAUUAUUUUCCUGUGAUUUUCCCCCUGCUGUUGGUGACUCUCCACGGAGUUCCAGAAACAGCGGUCUCUGGCGAGGAGCUCAGCCCAAAGGCUCACAGCGGAGGGGAGAAGCCCCCUCCCGACGCCCCCGGGCUGCUGCGCAGGUCCAAGCGCUGCUCCUGCUCCUCCCUGAUGGACAAGGAGUGUGUCUACUUCUGCCACUUGGACAUCAUCUGGGUCAACACUCCCGAGCAUGUUGUUCCUUAUGGACUUGGAAGCCCUUCUAGGUCCAAGCGAUCCUUGAAGGAAUUAUUUCCUACAAAGGCAAUAAAGCAGAGGAACAGAUGCCAAUGUGCUAACCAAAAAGACAAGAAGUGCUGGAAUUUUUGCCAACCAGGAAAAGAACUCAGGUCCCAGGAAACAGUGGAGAAAGGCUGGGAGAACCACAAGAAAGGAAAAGACUUUUCCCAGCUGGGAAAGAAGUGCAUCUCCCAGAAGCUGGUGAAGGGAAGGAAAACAAGAAGGUUGGAGGCCGUCAGCAACAGCAUCAAACCAUCUUCGCCCCUUGCGAAGUUGAAAGCCAUGCUGUACAGAGAGCAGAAAGUGACCCACAACCGAACACAUUGAUUGUAAAGCUUCCAGUCCCACCUGUCUGAAGCCAUCACCUCCAGAGAAAGAGCCCUGUGACCAACUGGGCACUCUUUCCGAGCUGGCCAGGAUCAGAGCAAGAGCAUCCUCCCUGCUUAGACCGCAUCUUGUUCCAGAGUGGCAAAGGACCCGUGUCCUUCUUGUAUGCAUUCUAAGAAAGGUGAAGGUGCCCCUCAGCCUGGCUUCCUUUACUUCCACUGGUGGUAACUGCUUUGUCUCUUCUUGCCUUUGGUAUCGACAAUGGACCUCUCAGAAAGCAGGACACACUAUGCCACUCGUAUUAGGGUGGCAUCCUACGGAGGGAGGAAGGAGAUUCCACGGGAGGGUGGAGUUUCAGAAGAAAGUCCUAAGGGACUGUUUGUGUCUGACUCAGGCGCCUGGCACAUUUCAGGGAGAAACUCCAAAGUUCAUGCAAAGAUUUUCUAAGGAAUGCAUAAAUUGAAAACACACUCGAAAGACAAACACACAUAAAAUUUUUUAAAAAGACGGGGUUUUUAAAAGUCAUAAAAUACAAAACUGCAAGAAACUGUUACUACUGUAAAUCAGGAUGUGAUUCAUGAGUAUGAGUCUACCUCAGCAUUAAUGCACUCUGCUUGGAGUAUUUCCCACCUCUAAUUAUUGCUUCCCCAAACUCUUCCCCUCCUGUCACCAACUCCUUCCAACCCGCAUGUUAGAGCCCAGCCUCACAGAAGCCUGGUCCAAUGUGUCAGUAGUAGAUUAAAUGCUUUUGUGCUGAUCUACUAGCUCUGAUCCAUAAGGAAAAAGAUCAUACAAUCAGGAGCUUCCUUUACCUUGAUUUAUGGAGACACUAUGGUAUAGGGGCAUUUCUGACAGAUACAGAAAAGUACAUGUUGGUUAUGCUUUCAAGCAGUAAAAUUAUUUUUUCUUUAUGUAACCAGACAAUGGAAGAGGUUAGAUUGAAUUUUGCUGUUCUUAUUUUUUUAGAGAUAUUUAUAUUCAAACAAUUUAUUCUUUAUAUUUACCAUGUUGAAUAUAUGUCUGGGCAGGCCAUAUUGGUCUAUGUAUUUUUUUAAAAAUGUAUUUCUGAAUGAAAUUGAGAACAUGCUUUGUUUUGCCUGUCAAGGUAAUGAUUUUAGAAAAUAAAUAUUUUUUUCCCUACUGUA